AUGACUGUCGUCUUGAGCCACGAAAGUGCAGCAAGCUUUCUGAGCGCGACGCCAGCACAGAGGCGCGACCUGAUCGAGGCCUCCUUGGGCCUGUCGCUAUUAGAUCAAUGCGAGCAGAUAGCGAAGCUAUCUCUCAAAGACAUCGACGCCCAGUUGGCCAAGAUUAAGGGCAAGCUAGACACGCAGGACUGGAAGAUAAAGGACAAUAAACGACGAUUUGAAAAUCUACAGAAAGAACACACAAAGCUCGAACGCGAGGCGCAGGAAGCAGUCACAUCUUUCGAGGUAGCUAUGCGAAACCAUGAAAGGAAGGAAGACCAGACCCCCGAUCCUGAGAUGGGCUCUCGCGAUAACAUUGCGAGACUAGAGGAUCAAAUCGACACCGAGCAAGAGAACCUUCAGCGGCUGGAGAUCUCCUGUGCCAGGAUGCAAGAACAGAAGCCUGCCGAGCCGGCGCCGGUGCCGGCAUCAUGGCUAAGCCGGUUACAGCAUCAACUAAGUCAAACCAUCGAAGCUAUGGCUGCGGCUCGGCCCAGGGGUCUGCGCAAGUUCUUUCACGUUGCAGAGACCUUCAUUCUCCGCUUCUUGGUCCAGACCGUCAGGAGCCUCCGGCGCAUAUCCGGGGAUCCAGAUGACGCUUCUCCAGAGACCAGCAGCGCCCAAAGCCAUGACCAAGAACUUCAAAAAGUGGCCGUUGAGAAUAUUCGCCGAGACCUUCAGAGAAGCAGGUCGCGGUUACAAAGUCUGAAGCACGAAAAAAGGCUUGCUAUCGACCACGCCGUGACGAUAAGCGAGCGUGCACAGCGCGCCAUGCAGGCUCAAAAGAGAGUUCAAGCUUUGCAGCACCAGGUCACGAUCAAGCAACAGAAGGCAGACACGUACAAACCCUUGGUAGAGAACGAACAAUCAUCUCUACACUCGCUGCGCUCGGAACGCGAAAGCCUAGCCAGCAAACAUCAAGAACUGACCGCCGAUCGCGAGCUCUUCGCCUUCUGGUCCUCCUCCAUGGCGAAGCAAACCUCCCGCGCCUCGUCUUCCUCAAAAAAAAACUUGAAAAAAGCGCCCAACUUCCGCGAACACAUCCUCACCAACUCCACCUCGGACCUCAACGCCCUCGUCACCGAGGCCCUAGCCGUCCUCUACCACGACACGCGCCACACGCACGGCCUGGCCACGGGCAUGCUGCGGACCCUCUUCACCGACCCCGACGACCCCACCAUCACCACCACCAGCACAUCCCGCCCCGCCGACCGGGUGCUGGACCCCACCCUCGCGGUCAACCCCUCCCUCGCGUACCACAAGCGGUCCAGCGGCGAGCGCAAGCGCGUGCUCCUGGCGCUGUUCUUCGCGCUGCUGCAGCUGGCGCGCGCGCGCAGCGCCCACCGCGCCCACUACGUACUGGUCGACGAGGUGUUUGACAAUCUGGAUCGGGCCGGCCAGACGGCCGUGGUGCGGUGGUGCGAUGUCAUGUCGCGGGCUGGCGUGGUGGGGUGGAUCGUGGUGAUUACGCAUAGCGCGUUUUUGGCGGAGAGGGAUUUCAGUGCGCCUGGGGAGGAGGGGGGCAGGGCGUUGGUGGUGGGGGUGAGGAUGGGGGAGAGGGGGACGGUGUUGGAGGUUGAGGGGCGGAGGGUUGGCGCGGGUUGA